AUGUGGCUCGUUAGUGCGAGUCUAAGUGGGUUUAAAGUUAAUACAGAAGACCACCCGGCCGCCCCACAGACCACCCGGCCGCCCCACAGACCACCCGGCCGCCCCACAGACCACCCGGCCGCCCCACAGACCACCCGGCCGCCCCACAGACCACCCGGCCGCCCCACAGACCACCCGGCCGCCCCACAGACCACCCGGCCGCCCCAAAGACCACCCCGCCGCCCCAAAGACCACCCGGCCGCCCCACAGACCACCCGGCCGCCCCACAGACCACCCGGCCGCCCCAAAGACCACCCGGCCGCCCCAAAGACCACCCGGCUGCCCCACAGACCACCCGGCCGCCCCAAAGACCACCCGGCCGCCCCACAGACCACCCGGCCGCCCCAAAGACCACCCGGCCGCCCCACAGACCACCCGGCCGCCCCACAGACCACCCGGCCGCCCCAAAGACCACCCGGCUGCCCCAAAGACCACCCGGCCGCCCCACAGACCACCCGCCGCCCCACAGACCACCCGGCCGCCCCAAAGACCACCCGGCCGCCCCACAGACCACCCGGCCGCCCCACAGACCACCCGGCCGCCCCACAGACCACCCGGCCGCCCCACAGACCACCCGGCCGCCCCACAGACCACCCGGCCGCCCCACAGACCACCCGGCCGCCCCAAAGACCACCCAGCCGCCCCAAAGACCACCCGGCCGCCCCACAGACCACCCGGCCGCCCCACAGACCACCCGGCCGCCCCAAAGACCACCCGGCCGCCCCAAAGACCACCCGGCUGCCCCACAGACCACCCGGCCGCCCCAAAGACCACCCGGCCGCCCCACAGACCACCCGGCCGCCCCAAAGACCACCCGGCCGCCCCACAGACCACCCGGCCGCCCCACAGACCACCCGGCCGCCCCAAAGACCACCCGGCCGCCCCAAAGACCACCCGGCCGCCCCACAGACCACCCGGCCGCCCCACAGACCACCCGGCCGCCCCAAAGACCACCCGGCCGCCCCACAGACCACCCGGCCGCCCCACAGACCACCCGGCCGCCCCACAGACCACCCGGCCGCCCCACAGACCACCCGGCCACCCCACAGACCACCCGGCCGCCCCACAGACCACCCGGCCGCCCCAAAGACCACCCGGCCGCCCCACAGACCACCCAGCCGCCCCAAAGACCACCCGGCCGCCCCACAGACCACCCAGCCGCCCCAAAGACCACCCGGCCGCCUCACAGACCAUCCGGCCGCCCCACAGACCACCCAGCCGCCACACAGACCACCCAGCCGCCCCACAGACCAUCUGGCCGCCCCACAGACCAUCCAGCCGCCUCACAGACCACCCAGCCGCCUCACAGACCACCCAGCCGCCCCACAGACCAUCUGGCCGCCCCACAGACCAUCCGGCCGCUCUACAGACCAUCUGGCCGCCCCACAGACCACCCAGCCGCCUCACAGACCACCCAGCCGCCACACAGACCAUCUGGCCGCCCCACAGACCACCCAGCCUCCCCACAGACCACCCGGCCGCCCUACAGACCAAUACUCUGGACAAGCGGAGGAGUAUCCGGCCCAGGGCCAGCUCUGGUCCGAGGCAGCCGGCCGCUUACCGUCAAAUUUCCGCAUCUCGUCCAUGUUCAAAUUGGCAGAUAGAUCGGCCGACGAAAGGCGACAAAAAUCGAUGCAAUUUCCUUGGCUUAUUACUUCAUGGUGA